CCUGGCGAGCGACCAUCGAACUAGCAAAACUAAAUUCACGCAAGCUCGAGUCUCGAUUCCCGAAGGAAAUGAGUUGGCCUUUGAUCCGUUGGAUCGAGACACGGGAUCGAUGAUCUUGUGUGAUCUUGUGUGACCUUGUGUGAUGAGUACUACCACUUUGGACCGGGUUCGAAUCUUGGUGCUGGGGGACUCGGGCGUGGGCAAAUCCUCAUUGGUCCACCUGAUGGCCUAUGGUCAGCCUUUGCAACAGAUCUCUUAUACGAUUGGGGCCGCCAUCGAGGUCAAACUCCACGAAUACAAGGAAGGCACGCCCACUCAGCGCACGUUCUGGAUCGAAUUCUGUGAUGUGGGUGGAACCCACGCUCACCGCAACGUUCGCCACGUGUUCUAUGCCAACACCCACGGAAUCAUCCUGGUCCAUGAUUUGAGCAACAAGAAAUCCCAAGGAAACCUCACUAAUUGGCUUCGGGAGUUCAUGGACCGAGAGUCCGGGAAUGCCAAGCUCCGCGAAUCCACUUGGGAAGACCAGAGCGGAAGCAGCGAUCAUCUGGACACAAUCGACGUCAACAUCCCUUUAUUGGUGGUGGGCACCAAACAAGACGUGGCUUCCGAGACCCACGCCCUACCGCUUCAUCAGAAGCGAUCCUUCAUCGCCGAGGAAUAUCUCACCGAGGAGAUCCAGCUGAAUUGCCAAGAUGAGCGGUCCGUGAUGGCCGGAUCGAGUGCCUCCAACAAGUUGUGUCGUUUCUUUGACAAGGUCAUCGACAAGCAAUUCUAUCGCCGAGACGUCAAAGCCGCCUCUGAGCGACGACGGCUCUGA